CCCUCCCCGCCCGGCCGCGGCCGGCCCCCGGCUGCCCCGCACCGCCCCGCCGCGCCGCCGAGCAGGAAGGGCCCGAGGGAUGGGGCUUGGCACGGUGACACUUUGGAGGCCCUCAGCACAGGAGCAGCCCACCCAAGGAGGACAGCAAGUGGUUGCGGCCUGACCCACACAGCCGGGUGAUGAAGCUGAAUGAGCGGAGCGUGGCCCACUAUGCCACCUGCGACUCGCCAGCCGACCAUGCCGGCUUCCUCCGCAAGCGGGUGGAGCGGCACCACCACCAUGCCCACCACCACCACCCCACCUCCUACCAGCGUCGCUGGUUCGUCCUCAAGGGCAACCUCCUCUUCUACUUUGAGGAGCGGGAGAGCCGGGAGCCUGUGGGGCUGGUGGUGCUGGAGGGCUGCACCGUGGAGCUCUGUGAGGCUGCUGAGGAGUUUGCCUUUGCCAUCCGCUUCGACGAUGCCGGUGCCAGGGCUUAUGUGCUGGUGGCCGACGGGCAGGCUGCCAUGGAGGCCUGGGUGAAGGCACUCUCUCGGGCCAGCUUCGACUACAUGCGGCUAGUGGUCAGGGAGCUGGAGAAGCAGCUGGAGGAGGCCUGCAACAGCUUGGCUGCUUGCCGCAAUUCUCCACAGAGGUCUUCCUCCUCUGGUAGGAAGAGGCAUCUCUCCAACCCCGCCUUGCUGCCUCUCCAGGAGAAGCCCAACGCCCUGGAGAAUGGUUACUCCACGUGGGGUAGCGGUGGUGGCAUCCCCGGGGUGGCCACCUGCCCCGAUCGUGACGGAGGGCACGCCAAGCCCCCACCUCUGCCUCCACGCCGGCGCUCAGCUGCUGGCAGCACCGUGGGUUCCUCAGCACCUGGGCUUUCACCAGCCGUGCUGGAGAGCCCAGUGUCACUGGAGACAGCCUGCUUCUCUAAGCUGCACAGCUGGUACGGGCAGGAGAUUGCAGUGCUGAGACAGGAGUGGCAGGAGAGGCAAAAGAUGGGACACCCAUGACCAGGGACACAAGCCACCGGCCAGCAGAUGUCCGGCAGCCUGUCUCCCAGGUGGGAAGGGCAAAGCGGAGGACACUGCUUGCCCCCUGCCCUGGCCAGUGGCCAAGUGUGUGAUGUGUGUGUGCUUCCUGGGGCGUGUGGGAGGGACCCAGGUCUUCCCCAGACCUCGCCUUUCCUUUCCAUGAGGCUUUUUACAGCUGUAGAGUGUGGAGUACAAGGGGAGCCGCCUUUGAACUCUGCUCUGCUGGUGAUGCGAGGUGUGGAGGGGGCCCUAAUCAGCACGUCUGCAAAGAACCUCACCCAGCGGGCUUGGCCCCUUGCCAUGCUGGCAUGGUGGAUGAUCUGGGUGCUUCAUUGCCCGCCUCUCCUUCACCACAUAUUUUUUGGUUUUGUUUCUCAGCAUGGAAGUUUGCACAGCUCAGCGCUUAUAAUUGUCCAUGGUCUUGUGCUGAAGUUCUUCUGCCUUUGCUCUUCCAUCGCAGAUAAGGCUGGACUCUUAGGAAAUGCCUCGCAUGGGAUAGUGGUCCCAGCGAGUGCCUCCAGCCUCGUGCCUGUCUCACCUCAGGACACGUGUGAGCCACCACGGCUGUGGCUGGCCCAGCAGCCGGGGCAACACGGACUGGGCUCUCACAUUGUCAGUUUUUUUUACUUUCAUCUGCACUAAGCCUUCUCCUGGCUAAUUCCCUUGGGAUGUGGAUUUCAUCGGCUUGCAUCCAUCUCUUUGGGCACCUGAACUCAGCAGGGAGGCUGAAAUGGAGACACUGAGCAGCAGCGAGGAUCAGAAGGUCCCGAGGGAUGAUCUGGACUCUGUCAAGCAGUAGCCAAGCCUGCUAAUAUCUCAGGCUCAAGCCUUCCCUGUUCCAAAAUAGGAUCCCUAAAGCCUCUUUGCCUGGCCAGAAGUGAUUUUCUCAGCCUCUGUGCAGCCUGUAGCUCCUGCAAAGUGCCAUAUAGGGCUCAGCUGGCUUGUUGGGCAGCUUGCCCAAGAUGGCAUCCAGAGCUGCACUCUUGCAGGGCCUCUCUUGCUGUUGUGGCUUUGCCCAGCUGCUGGCAGGGCUGCACAGUCAGAGGAGAGGCUGUGGAGGAGGAGAGGGCUGGCCCUUGAGAAGUGAGAGUGUGGGAGUGAGUUACAGGUAGCACUGACUGAUGGCAUAUCAGUGGUGUCUGGGCUUCCCCCGCUACCAUCCAAGCCAUAUCCCUACCUGCUACCAAAGCCAGCACCUGACUUGCCUGCACUUCUCUCUGAUUUCAUAGCUGCAUCAACUCCAACUCAGCUGUUCUCCGUAGCAUGUCCUAUCUUCCCAGCAGGUGAGAAGGGCUGCAGGGAGUUGUGCCUGUCUUCUUGCUACAGAACUUGUCCUUCUCCAGUAGGUCAGAAACCCUGGCCACGAGGCCAACAGUACAAGUAGGUGGGUGCUGAGUCCAGUGGCUGUAGCACCUAGGAGAUGGGGUUGAUAAAUCUUCUCUUAACCUCUUGGCAAGGGCUGUUUUUCAAAACAAAAAAAAUAUGUGAAGAAGGCUUAUGCUUCCUAUCUUAACAGUGUUGAACUUGUUUUAUUGCCUUGUUUUACUAAGGAGCCUUGCUUGGAAAGCAAGAGGCUGUUCCAGGUCAUGAUUUAUAGGAACCUGUUUGCCUUUCUGGAGUUAAAUGCACUCAGCUUAAUACUUUGCAAUAUCCAGUAGAGAUUGUUAAUGCAGAAGUCAAAUUACUUCUGUUACCUUUUGGUGCCUUUGCAAAUAUAUCUCUGGUAGUUUUGGAUGAUGAGCUUCCAGCUGCCUGCCUAAUUGUGGCUUGAUGAUAUACUGGAGGGAAUCAGAUCUUAAAUCACAUCCUACAAAUAUGACUUUGGGCAGUGGGAGUGUAACCUUCAUACUCAAGUGAUGCAACCCAGUCGUUUCCAGUUUAUGUCUGUAUUUCUUCACAGUAGGGACCUUCAAGUUUGGGAGGAUUAUCUGAGGAUAUUGUUCUGCUUUUUAAGUGGAAACAGUUCAGAAAAGCUAGGAGCAGUGCCCAGGCUCCAUCAGUAGCCCAGAUGGCUGGACUUAACAUGCCAGCUCUGCCUCCCUACCUGCUGCCUGAAGAGUUCAGCACUGCAGCGUUCCUGACUGGAAACCUGUCCCCUUUCCUAUCCCUGGGCAGCAGCAUCAAGGAAUAGCACUACCUGGGUCCCCCUGAGUCUGAGCAUGGGUGUUUUGGAGCCAGAGGCAGAUUUGGCAAGCAUUUUUUGUUUUUUAAGUAAUAGAGAGAGAAGAGUGUUUCUGAUGUCUCAGACUUACAUAAGGCGGUUUGACAGUAAAGAUUUAGCUUCCAAAAGAAAACAAAAUGUGAUGGCAUUUCCUACAUGAGACCCAAGAACUGGGAGUGACUUCAAUAGGAAAAUAAAUUAACAAAGCAAAUUCUGUCACAUCUGGAACUGAAACACUAUUAUUCUUUUAACGGCAGUUUCACUUUUAAGAAGCUUAAUUUGUUUUAAUAAGCCAGGAUUGUGCUAGUAACACUACUAAAGAGCUUAUUUUUAAUGCUUUAAUCUGUCCUGUUCAAAUGGCACAAUUUCCACGCUACCUGCCUUUGCAUGAGCACAUAUCCCAGUUAAAUCCUAAAUCCUGCAAAUGAGGAGCUGUGCUGGGCUUUCUGUCUGAUUGCAUUUGGAGCAAUACCGUGCUUUAUUCUGCAGCACCAAGAAGAAAAUGGCUGAACCCUGAACAGUGUUUGUGCUCAGCCCAGCUCUCUGGGCCUGGGCCUUUUGCUAGGUCUCCAAAGCACUGCUGGACCUGGUCAGGGCUUCCUCACCAUCCCGCUCACGUAGCAGGGAUGGCCCCUUCUUGAGCAAAAAGAGCCAUAAUUGGAGCCAGGCCCAAUUUUGAUUGGGAGGACAGGUUUUUUAAUGACCACCGCUGCUUGCUUCAUUGUGGAGGAAGCACCUGGGUGCUUGGCCAGGUCCUCUGAGAUGGAGGCUAUCAAACCAGCUCAGCUGAGAAUGGGUUGUGCUGAUGAGAAUCAGCAGCACCUUUGAAGCAGAAGGUUGGGAUUUCAGCUUCCUGAGAUUGCACAUGCAGCUGGCUAAUGGAGCAUCUUCUCUGUGUGUCCGCAGGCAGAGAUCAUUAUAGGAAAAGCAGAGUUUUCACUUCACAUUGUCCCUAGCAGCAAAUUAAGACUGAUUGCCACAGACUGUUCUUCUCCGGUCAUUCAGGUUCGGACUGUUUUCCCUCCCGCCUUUGCUUUCUCUUGUUACUUUUUUAAAAUAGAAAAUGUCUGGGCAGCACAGAGCAAGUUCCUUGCACAAAGGGGGAGCUGAGCAAUAAAGCUGUGUGGCUACUUUUCUUAAAA